AAUUCCGGUUCCUUCCUGGGCUCCCUGUUUGGGAGCAAGCGCGCCAAACCCCCUGCUCCCCUUACUCCCCCCGGGCCACAUUACCCGGCCCCCGUGCCACCUCCUACUACAGGAGGGCCGCCGCCUCCAUCCCCCUCCGCCCUCAGCCAGUCAGAUCCAGGUGGGCCGUCCAAGAUCCAAGCGCUGCAUGCUCAGUACUGUCACAACAACUUUGGCCAGCCUCCGCCCCCUUACCACCAUCAUCAUCGGUACCAUAUGCAGGCCGUCGCCCCUGGCCAUCCGCCCGCUAUCCAUCAUACCCUACAUCGAGGGUCCCUCCCACGGCGCGGGCCGCCCGUUCCUUCACACGCCCAGUUCCAGCAGCAGCUAUCCCAUCAUGCUCUGCAGCAAGGCCGCUACGGCAAUAUGGCCUGCACCCCUCCG